AUGCGUCAUUGCGCGUGCGCCUGGCAAUUACUCACAUCGAUGCCUGAGCUUUGCUCUAUUUCAGAUCCUGUCAAUCAGACAGUGAUCUUUGCUUACUUUACCUUUGCAUCUCACAUAUACCCUUUCCGUUGCUUGCAUUUAGGUUGUAUUAGGGUCGUUGGCGCAGGGCUAUACAAGGAUCAUUCUGCACGUCUGCGGCCACGGCAUCUUGAGCAACACUUUGGCGAUAUCCUAGAAUUGUUUUUUCUUACCUGA